AGGCGCAGCAUAUAAUAGUGCAGACAGUCAAACAUGGCGAAUCCAACAAAGUACAUUUCUUCAAACGAGAUGCAAAAACGCGCUGUAUCGAUAGUAAUAAAAGAGUUUACUAAAGACUUAAAAAAUAUAUCUGGAAUAUGUAUGGAUGUUGGUUGUGGUCCCGGAGACAUAACAAAUAAUAUCCUUCUACCAUCUCUUGACUCAAAUUCUGUAAUAAUAGGUACUGAUAUUCACGUGACCAUGAUUGAAUAUGCAAAGGAAACGUACAGUCACAACACACGUCUCAAAUUCGAAAUGUUGGACAUUCAAACUAAAAACUUGCCUGAAAAAUAUGUUUCUAAGUUUAAACAUAUAUUUUCAUUUUAUACUUUGCACUGGUGCUAUAAAAUCAGGAAAGUAUUUGAGAAUAUAUACUGUAUGCUUCAAUCUGGUGGAACUAUGCUUGUACUGUUUCCAGCAUCUCAUCAUAUAAUAUUUGAAGUGCUUAAGAAUGUUGCGCAUAAUUCCCGUUUUGCGCCUUACUUACAACUUCAUGUAUGUCCGUUUGUACUUUUUUGGAUGUAA